AUGACGUCGCCACACAUCCUAAGCAAAGUCCUGCUGCUUUUGGCGCUGUCCGCGCCGGCGUUUAUCGACGCGUUCAGCGCUUCCGCGAUGUCGCACCGCCGACGAGCCGCCGGCGCGCGGUCCAUGUACCCCCAGACGUCCGGGGCCUACCCCGGAGACACGCCGCGGGCUGCCGGUGCCCUGAGCGCCUGGGACGCCGUCGGCCGGCUCCACCGGCGACGAGCCGCCGGCGCGCUGUCGAUGUACCCGCAGUCGGCCUCCGCGGCCUACCCCGGGGACACGGCGCGGGGCGCCGGGGCCGCCAUGAGCGCCUGGGACGCCGCGGCGCCCGUCGGUCUCCUGCAUCCGGAGACCAUCGCCCAUUUGGUCGACUCGUUCGGCAAGGAGGUCUUCGAGAGCGACCCCGUCAUGCGCGACUUCCUCGCGGACUUCGACCUGGGCGGGCCCAUGUUCGCCAUGAAACACCUCUCCAACUCGCACGUCACGAGCCGCCUCGUCGCCAUGACGGCCUCGCUGAGAUGA